GGCCGAUGCGGCAACGACGCAGCCAUGCAGGCGGCUCUUGGCGUAAAGCGGCGAGGCCACUGCUAGGAACACCCGAGCAAGAAGCGAUUUGCGUUGCAUGCCCUCCGCAAAUGCAUGGAUGAAUGCGUCUAUCAAGCUUGGAGGACUGGUAUCCUCGGAUGGUCCUGUCGAUUUUUGCCCAUCCACAUCUCGGAUUGUCAUCACGCUUGGCAGAGCCCUCCUGCGCGUGGCCCAUGACGUGGGGCUGUUUGGUUUGCUGUUUAUUUGAUGGGUGCACUCGAAUAAAAAAUGACAAAUUGUCAUACAAAAACGAGGUACAAAUAAAAAGUAAUAAUAUUAUAUCUUGCCCACGUAUUACGGCGUCUCGUGUAUUGUCGGAAUCCAUCGCGGCCCGACGCGCAGCGACCAUAAGCAGCCAGAGCCCGGACCUGCGGCAGCGCGGGAUCGCUUCGCCUUCCGUCCACGACGAGACCGCGGUAGAGAUCGACAUCCAUCCGACCGAGAACCAGCAGCUCCUGCGCAACCGCUUGACGAUGGCGUCGCUUUUGCCCAGCAAGUCGUCAGCGGACAGCAUUGCCUACUCGUCACUGGGCAUGGACGAAAUGGCGUCCAAGACGCCGACAACAGCGCCGCUGCCCAAGACGCCGUCGCAGCGCAACGUGCUACCGCCGGCGCACGGCGUCUCGCUCGCGGACCUCCUCACGCAUGUGACGCGGCCCAUGGAGCGGGUCGCAUUCGAGGUGAAAGGCGCGCUCCUCGCAACCGGGUUUGCAUCGACGUGCUAUUUAUUGAACUGGUUCAAGGUCGUGCUCAUCCCGUUCUUCCUCGCGAUCUUCCUCAUGUACCUCGUGGACCCGCUCGUCGAAAUGAUCGACGUGUCGCCCAAGUACUUUUGCUGCGUGUGCACCUCGCGCGGUCGUCAUGCCCGGCGACGCUCGCGCGGCUGCUCGCGCGCCUUCUCGUCGCUCUGCGCGGUCUCGGUCGUCUGUCUCUUCUUCUUCCUCCUCGGCUACAUUGCUGUGCUGUCGAUCCACGCGCUCGAAGUCACUAAGUACCAGGAAGGCUACACGGCCUUUGUCCAGCACGUCGAAGUACUCUCGCAGCAAGUCGGGGUGCCCAUGAACAUUACGACGACCUUGCACGACAACGUCGACAAGCUCGCGCGUCUCGUGCUCACCGAAGUCAUGGACCUCCUCUCGACUUUGUUUGUGACGAUGAUCUACCUCACGUACUUUCUCUGCACGCGCACGCGCGCGUCCGACGCCGGCGGCGUGUGGUCCAAGAUCGACAAUGACAUCCAGCGCUUUGUGACGCUCAAGUGCUACCUCUCGCUCUUUGUCGCGCUCCUCGUGACGAUCGUCUAUGUCUCGCUCAACGUCGGCCUCGCCAUUUUCUGGGGCAUUCUCACGUUCAUUCUCAACUGGAUCCCGAACGUUGGCGCGAUGAUUGCGUCGUUCCUGCCGCUGUGCAUCAUCAUGAUCUCGCCGGAAGGACCGAACGGCCUCAUGUCGCCCAUGGACAAGUUCCUCGCGAUGGUCCUCCCCAUGUGCUUUCACAUGUUUGUCGGCAACUUUAUCGAACCCAAAGUGUUUGGCCGGAAGCUCGAGAUGGACCCGGUCGUCGUCAUCAUCUCGCUCUCGGCGUGGGGGCUUCUCUGGGGCGUCGUCGGCAUGAUGCUCUCGGUGCCGCUGACCGCGGCGUUCAAGAUCAUGUGCUCGCACCUCAAGCUCUGGCCCGAACUCGUUGCGCUCAUGGACGGCACGUACUUUGUGCGAAGCGCCGAGCAAAAGAAGAAGGAAGAGAAGACGUACAAGGCCCGUGAAUUUACCGGCGACGACGACCACGACCAAGUCAUGUGAUGGCUGCUUGGAAAUAGUCGUAGAAGGAAUACAUACGUGUACAUACUAGUCGCGGUUUGCUGUCGCCAGCCCUACAACAAACAAUAUUUGCCCACUGGAUCUGUUGCGGAA